AUGGCCUCUGUCGUGCCACUAGAGAAUUCUAAUCAAGAUGGGAAUGAUGGAUUUAUUGAAGACGAGUACAUUUAUGAAACGAGAAAUGACACAAUCCUGCCGGUUGCGGAGUCGCAGAAAAAGAAAGCCAGUGAUUUAACUGACCAAGAUAUGACUGACUUGAUGGUCGCAACGACUCUUGUUCAAGAUGCAGUAAAUCGGCGUUGUAUUGAAAUAUACGAAGACAAAGACUCAUUUAUCGCGUGGAGGAAUUACAACAACCCUGGUCUACUCUUCCUUCAUCAACUUUGCUUGUUAGUUAUUUUUUUGCUGCUUCUGGUUGAGGAUCCCGCGGUGAAGAGACUAGACAUCGAGCCGUAUUAUUAUAUUCCAAUGUCGAUCGAAGUUAUCAUCUUGCUUUUCUUUUGUUUUCGUCUUGAUCAAUUGCGAAGAGCUCAAGGUUAUGAAAGAUGGAAAAAUCCGAAAAAUUUAGUCUUCUCUUUGGCGAUUGCAUUAACUUUCAUCGACAUCAUUGUUUACAUAAUACUCCGAGAAGUUGAAGGAGUCUCCGUUCGACCAGACACUGAUGGCUUGGAACGACGGGAAAUUUUUCGAUUCAUGCGAGCUCUAAGGCCUUUUUUUAUCAUUUGUUCUGAAGAAAAAGAAUCUAUACGACGUGCAAUCACGAAUAUUUGGAAGACAAUUCCCGAUAUUUUCUCUGUUCUCCUGCUUUUGAUUUGUUCUAUUCUUCUUUUCGCUCUCAUGGCUUUGAAGCUUUUCGGCGAGCGAGAUAUGACGGAGAACGGAGCUCCAAGCUACUAUUUCAAAGACUACUGGAACAGUUUCUACGAUCUCUAUGUUCUGAUGACCACAGCUAACUCUCCAGACGUUUUCAUGCCUGCGUACAACGACAAUGACGGAUGGAUGAUCUUUUUCAUGAUUUUCAUCAUCCUUGAUACCUAUAUCUUCAUGAACCUUUUCCUUGCAGUCAUCUAUAACAAUUACAAGAACAACGUAAAGACUGAUGUUGAAUAUAUUCUUGGAAUGAAGGAGAAGAAGUUGAGAAGAGCUUUUAGAAUUUUUCAGCGAGUUUUUGGCCAAGUUGAUUACGCGACGUUCAAAUGGUUGAUGGAACAGACUUCAAGUGAUAGCAAAAACAUCAUUGCAGCUCGAUGGUUGAUUCUAUCAGAUGGAAGCGAAAUCAUUGAAGAGGAAGAGUUUCUAUCAAUCGCUGAGUUAUUAAGCAUCACUAUCUUAGAAAAGAAUCCCGAUGCUUCUUUCUCCCUAGUUGAGCAGUUUUUCCCUCGUGUUUACAAUAGUACGAUUUCUCUCUGGUUCAUCAGACUCUGCAAAGAUGAACCGUUCAAAACAUGGUUCCAGCGUUUCUUUGAUCUGGCUAUUCUUGUGAAUGCAAUUUGCAUCGGCCUUGAUCAGUAUAAAGCCGAGUAUUUCUUCUUGAGCCUGUUUUGUUUUGAGAUUUUCUGGAGAAUUUACGCUUAUGGAUCGGGCGAAUACUUUUCAAUUCAUCGCAUGUGGAAUUGGUUUGAUUUUCUUAUCAUCUUGGCUACUGUUAUUGCGACUAUUUUUACAGGAAUUGGGCCAGUUGCGGACGAGCCAAGAAACGCAGCGUUGGAUAUUUUGCUCAUUCUUCGGUGUUUGCGACUUAUCAGGAUCUUCAAUUCCGUUCCGUCCUUCAGAAUCAUUCUUCUGACAAUUCGAAAUAUUCUUCCAAGUCUUGGAACUUACUGUGUGAUAAUCGUCUGUCUAUACACAGUAUUUGCUAUUAUCGGGAUGGAAGCUUUCCAGGGUCUUGUUCGAGCUGAUCAAAAGCAUAACACUGAAGAUGGUCGACUCGAGUACAAAUGCGGCAAUCCUGCUCUCGCUGAUGAUGACUUCGUAAAAGCGAACUACUGCAAGAACAACUUCAACGAUUUCAUCUCCGCUUUCGUCACCCUCUUCGAGCUGACCGUUGUCAAUCAGUGGCAUAUUAUCACACGUGGAUAUGUUAAAGUGAGCAAUGGCGGCGCUUUCAUUUACUUCAUCCUCUUCCACAUGCUUCAAGUUUUGCUCGUGAUGAACAUUGUCGUCGCAUUUACCCUGGAAGCGUUCUUGUUGGAAUAUGAAUCGCAAAAGACUAAUUUGGAAUCGCGAACUGCAAGAAUGAUCAAGAAAUAUGGAUUGGAAAGCAAGAAGGGAAUCAGCACGACAAUCUUCGACCGCGAGACAGACGAGAUCGCUUCCUCUGUGCAGCUCAAGCUAGUCCGAGGAAUGACUGGUAUUGACGAUCUGCUCGAGCGGAUGUUCAACGAAGGACAAAUCCAACUUUCUGAGAAAGAGGAAGUUCUUUCAACAGCGUCUAUUCUUUCUGAAAAAUCUCUGGCAUUUUCAGAUCAGCUAGAAACCGCGAAAGAGCCUGUAUAA